AUGUUUUCCAAGCUUGGGCAUGAGCGUGUUGCAUGGCACAGGAACAUCAGACAGGAGCGGACCGCAACAGCAACCGCAACAACAGCAACAGCACCGGAGGCAUUUGCCGUCGAUCCUCGUGUGACUACAGCGUAUCGAGACUAUUGGCUCCCCGUCACUGCUUUCUCCUCUUCACCUUCCACUCGCCUCUAUACGCACAUCAACACGCCUCAGUCAGGGCUGGCAGACAGGGCACAAGAGACCGCAUUGCGAUCCAGUUCUCUUGCCACAAUCGGGAUCGCCAGGACUGACUUUGCCUGCUUCGGUCCUUCCGACGUGGACAGUGUUAGCAACCGACAAGAGAGCACCACACUCUUGGCCCUGCUCCGAGUCGCUCGCCAUGCUCAGCCUCUGAUGCCAUCUUAUCGGUCCCUAUCCUAA